UGUCAACUGUGGGUUUGUUGUUUGGUGUGUGAUUUAUUCCAUCAUUUUAGGUGAAAAAUAAUGUUAACAACAACCAAUUUUAUUUUUACAAUGGCCGAUUCACAAGUGGCCAAUAUUGUGAAUGAAAUUUUGCGAGUGGAAACCGUAGAGGAGGCUUUUAGCUGUUUUCUGGUACAUAAACAGGAUCAAGAAAAUGAAAGGUUAUCUGUAUAUCAAAAGAAAUUGUGUGCCAUCAUGAGCACUCCCAGUGCUGAUUUACAGGAGUCUGCUAUUCGUCAAUAUUUGACUCUGACCGCAGUUCUAACGAAUAGAUACAAAAUGAAACAACUUUUGGGGCUUUUAGAAAAUUUAGUAAAUACUAAUGUCCUUCAGGCAAGAAUGUUGUGUGAUUGUAUAUUAACAAGUGAAAAACUUGUAUAUAAAAAUAGUGAUUAUUGGAUUGAAUGUUUUAAUUUGAUCAGAAGAAUUAUUGGUGGUGUUGACUACAAGGGGGUUAGAGAAAUAAUGAAGGGAUGCCGAGAAAAAGCUCAAACACUGCCUGUCAGGUUAAAUUCAAGCACUAUGCCACAAAUGAAAGCAUUGUAUAAUGUGAUUGAGUACAUCUUUGACCGCAAUGCUUCUCUGCUGCCUGCCUACUUUAUUGUCACAGAGAUUCAAAAAGACUACCCCGACAAUAACCACUGGCCUCAUUGGCAACUUGCAAAACUUCUCACAACAUUUGUCGAAAGUUUUAAGCCAUGUGCUCAAAUGGUUUCCAUUAUUGGACACUCGCAAAUGCUGCCGGUAGUUGAAUUUUCUGGAUAUGCUGAUCAUCUUAUAAAUCCUUGGAGAUUAGAUCCUACAACUUUAAAGUUCUCCCUCAAAGGGAAUCUGCCAUAUGAUGAUGAACUACUGAAACCACAAAUUGCAUUACUUAGACAUGUCUUACAACAGCCAUAUUCUAGAGAUAUGAUGUGCUCAAUGCUAGGUCUACAGAAACAGCACAAACAGCGUUGCAUCGCAUUAGAGGAUCAAUUAGUUGAAUUGAUGAUAUUGCCAAUGGAGAGAAGUGAACAAGAGAAUGAAGAUGAUGAGAUGUCUUCAACUCAUUGGUGCUGGUUGCAUUUAUCAUCGCAAGUUAUAUAUUUAAUACUUAUAGGGUUUGCAUCUUUUCCUAACAUUGUAAUGGGACUUCAUAACAAAUUAAUUGGUCAUGAUCUUAAGAAAGGCCGGGAUCACCUCAUGUGGGUACUUUUACAAUUUAUAUCUGGAAGUAUUCAGAGAAACCCACUUUCGAACUUCCUGCCAAUCAUCAAAUUGCACGAGUUACUUUAUCCAGAAAAGGAACCUUUGCCUGUUCCCGACUGCACAAGAGCACACUGCACACACCAAAUGGCUGUUGUCUGUAUUUGGAUGCAUUUGUUGAAAAAAGCCGAGUCUGAACACAAAACUAUGACAAUGCCUCAGAAUCUUAAAGUUCAAUAUGAAUUUCUACAACACCUUAUGACAUCAAACAACACACCAACUCUAAUGGGCUCAGACUAUAGGAUAGCUUUACUCUGCAAUGCCUAUUCAACUAAUCAAGAAUACUAUUCCCGACCAAUGGGUAUAAUUAUAGAGACAUUAUUCGGAAGUCAGAAAGCCAUGCCCAAUGGCAAUCCAGCCACUCCUCUACCGACUGUUCCAUUGUCCAUGUGUAUUUUGGACAGCUUAACUUUACACUGUAAGAUGUCUUUAAUACACUCAAUUGUGACUCAUGUGGCGAAGUUAGCUCAAAAUAAGACAAAUAUACCAGGAAGCAACAUGAUGGCACCAGCUCUCGUUGAAACUUAUAGUAGGCUGCUUGUGUACACAGAGAUAGAGUCGUUGGGUAUUAAAGGGUUCAUAAAUCAGCUAUUACCAAACGUGUUUAAGUCCCACGCCUGGGGUAUUCUUCAUAAUUUGCUUGAUAUGUUCUCGUAUCGAAUCCACCACAUCCAGCCUCACUACAGGGUCACGCUUCUAUCAAACAUUCACUCGCUAGCUGCUUAUCCACAGGCCAACCAAAAUCAGCUGCAGUUAUGUUUCGAAAGUACAGCAUUAAGGCUUAUAACCAGCUUGGGAAGUUCUGGAGUCCAACUUCAAAUGUCGAGGGUCGUCUCUGAGCCGAAGUCACUCGUGUCCAGUGAGAGUGAGGAGCUUAACCGAGUUCUUGUUCUCACUCUAGCCAGAGGAAUAUAUAUGACUGGAGCAGGUAACGACGGCGCGGCUGUCAAGGAGCUACUCACUACGAUAAUGACGAACACGCCACACUUGUGGUCCCAGCACACCUUGCAGUGCUUCCCCCCUGUACUCGUCGAGUUCUUUUCGCAGAAUCCAGCACCAAAAGAGAACAAGCAGCUCCUAAAGAAGUCGGUAGAAGAAGAAUACCGCAAGUGGACGUCUAUGGCCAACGACAAUGAUAUAAUAUCGCAUUUCUCGGUGCCCGGAACUCCGCUAUUCCUGUGUCUCUUGUGGAAGAUGAUAUUCGAAACAAAUCGAAUCAAUCCUAUCGCAUUUAAAAUCUUGGAACGCAUCGGAGCUCGUGCGUUAUCGGCACACCUUCGCAAGUUUUGCGAUUACCUUGUAUUCGAAGUUACCAAUCCCGCUGGAGGACCUCAUAUAAACAAGUGUGUGGACGCGAUCAACGACAUCAUAUGGAAAUACAACAUAGUGACCAUCGACAGACUUGUAUUGUGUCUCGUCCUCCGUCCAAAUCCAGAUGGAAACGAGAGUCAAGUGUGCCUUUACAUCAUUCAGCUGUUACUGCUAAAGGGCUCAGAACUAAGAAACAGGGCGCAGGACUUCGUCAAAGAGAACUCGCCUGAACAUUGGAAACAAAAUAACUGGUACGAACGCCAUUCCACCUUCCACCGCAAAUACCCAGAGAAAUUUGCCCCAGAGGAGACGAGCGGAGCGUACGGUGGGCCGAUACCAGUUUACCUCAGUAACGUCUGCCUUAGAUUCAUACCCGUGAUGGACAUAGUGGUGCACAGGUAUUUGGAGAUACCGCAGGUCAGCAAGAACCUUGAACAGCUGCUGGAACACCUGGGUUAUUUGUACAAGUUUCACGACCGUCCCGUGACCUUCCUCUACAACACCUUACAUUAUUACGAGUCCAAGUUACGAGACAAGCCUCUUCUCAAACGGAAGCUAGUCAACGCUGUACUGGGUUCGUUAAAAGAGGUCAGGCCCACGGGAUGGGCCACCACGGAAACCUUCCAGACCUACCUCGCUAAGAAUGAGGUUGACGCUACGAGCUGGGCUCCAGAUUUGAACUACUACCUGAGCCUGAUUAACCGCAUGGUUGACAAUCAUCAAAUUAACGAUUUCUUUAAUGAAAUCCCAGCGAUGAUGGGCAACUCGCACUUCCCAAACACCGAUUGGCGCUUCAACGAAUAUCCGAACCCGUCCGCACAUUGCCUUUACGUGACCUGCGUCGAGUUGAUGUCACUGCCAGUAACACCCAACAUCGUUGGGAAUAGCCUUCUCGAUGUCGUCACUAAGGGCUUCGUGGUUAUACCUUCAACGAAAAUUCAACUCUGGAUAAACGCAAUAGGGAUCAUAAUGGCAGCGCUCCCGGACCCAUAUUGGACGGUUAUUCACGACCGUAUUUUGGAAUUAAUAACGCAUAACGAUAUGGUUGAAUGGUCGUAUCAGCACACUCCGUUCCAGCUGUUCAAAUUGUCGACGACUAACGACGCGAUGCUGGAGAAUAAGUACAGUUUGACGCUGGCUUUGGCUCACGCUGUGUGGUAUCACGCCGGCGCGGGACAGAUAAUGCAGGUUCCUACGUUCGUCAAAGAUAAAGUGUCACCCGAGAUACGCACAGAGAUGCAACUUAUAUUCCUCUGCCACCUCGUGGGACCAUACUUGCAAAGAUUCAACUCCGACCUGUCCCGGGCUGUCAUGGACAUCACCAUUGCAUUGUAUGAGUUGCUAGCUCAUAUUGACAAAACUCAACCACAUUUGCAGUAUAUUGAUCCUAUCUGCGAUUUGCUUUAUCACAUUAAAUACAUGUUCGUUGGUGACACGAUGAAGAACGAAGUCGAAAGCGUCAUACGUAAACUGCGUCCCGCGUUACAAAUGCGUCUGCGUUUCAUCACGCAUCUCAAUGUCGAACAAAUAAACACCGCCUAGCAGAACGACUACUACAGCUACACGCCUUCGAGCUCGAGUUCCAGCUCCGAGUGAUGGGCUUCGCUGUAGUAACCCAAGUGAUGUGAACUGACGGGCAAAGUGUUUUCAAGUGAAACUUAUGUUAUACGAUGGCGCCUGACUAAGUAUUAUACAGCUCAGUGAUCUUACCAUCCAUUAGGUUUAAUGUAUGCUGGGUUAACAUGAGGUAGUUAUACACUUUUUUUGUAUACAUUUUCGUAUAAAUGUUUAUUGAAUUGCGAUUAUUUGUAUUACUUAAAAAGUAAAUUGUUGUAUAUAUAUAAUGUACUAUGAACUAAAACUAGCGUCAGAUUUCGAUUCUAGAGGCUCCUAAUAUUGAACAUUUUAACUUGAAUGUUACAUUAACAUUUAAAUUGUACACGAGUAAUAUAUAUAUAAAAUGAAAAUUGUGGUGCAAGCAAUAAGAACCGGUAUAUGGGGCAGAAUGUCUACUUGGUAGAAGAUCCACGGAGUAGACAUAUAGUGUGGUCAUUAAAUAAACAUCUAAAUUAAAUUCAUUUUCAUUCAUUAAUGACACUACAUAUGACCAAAGUAACAGCACAAAUGUUCUACAUAAAUGUCUUAGAAGUUAGAAUGCUAGUUUAUAGACCUUAAGUGAAUCAUAUGACUUUUUCUUUUAAUGUUAGACAGCUUAACUAAUGUGACAAUGUAAUUUAAGUCAGAAUCGAAGUAGAAUUACUUAUAUAAUUAUUGUAUAUUAUCUUACAGUUAGUACAAAAUAUUUAAAUGAUUAUUAUAACGACAAACUUUGAUUAAUUGUGAGUAAAAGCAAUAAUACAACGUACAAUGUUUGUUAUAAUCAAUAAUAAAAAGGGAAUUAUUAGUCUUUUGACAUUUAAAUAUAAAAUGAUAUAAUUACCGACAGCAGUUUAUGGAAUACUGGUGUCGAAUCUCAUAAGUAAUAUUAACAAAUGAAACGAAAAUAUAUUUUUUGAUACAUAUAAAUUAAUAUAGCUACAUAUUGCGUGUCGUGGAUAAUAUUUGAAUAUAGAAUGUUUGGAAGACAGUAAGGUAUUUCAUUUUGUGCAACCAAACAUGCUAAAGUCAGUUAUUACAAUUAUAUACAUAACGUUACAUUGUCAAUCUCUUGUCACGGUGCCUUAAAAGCAGUUAUUUCAUAAUUAUCUCUAGCCGCUCAAUUAGAAUUGCGUCAUGUUGUUAUUUUGGUGAAAAAAUAUUUAAUAAAAAGAUGAAAUCAUCAAUCAUAUAACAUGUACUUAAAUAUUUUUAAAGAGUCACAAUAAUAGUGUCAUGAACCAUUAUAUAAAGUUAACAGCAAUAAAAAACUAUUAAUUUAAUAGUAAAGUGUAGAAGUCAAUAGUAUUUCAUUGAUAACAUCAGUCUAUCUUAAAUCACAAUAUAAACAUCACAAACUAUAAACUUAUUAAGUGUAUGUAGCUUAAGUAUAUGUAUUUUCUAGAAAUUAGUGUAAUGUAGUUUAAAAUAAUGUAUUAAUUUAGAUGAUAGGAGUAAGACGUUGGGUCUCAUGACAAUUACUAUUGCCUUUAGUAUCAUGCAAGAUUUAAUGAAAAAUUUUAGUAAUUCAUAAGUGUACUGAAUAUUUAUUGUAUUGUAAGCCACAUUAACUAUUAUAAGGCUAAUUUAAAUAUUUUAUCUAUGGAAUGAAAAUAAAUUAUGUUUUUUACUAAACUAUUUAUAAAUGUAAGAUUUUCUGUAAACAUUAUAAAAAUUCCUUGAAUUUGAAUCAUAAUAGAAGAGCAGUGAAAUCUACAACUAUAAUAUGUAUAUAAUAUUAUGUAACAAGUGAAAAUUAAGUUAUGACAUAAAUGUGCCACUCUAACGCUGGCCAACACUCCAAGAAUCUGCUGAAGACGUUGAGUUUACCUUAAGGCAAUUAAAACAAAGUAAAAAUAUGUUGAAUUAUUUGUUUUAAAUUCGAAACAGAUUUCUACAAAAACAAAACUACUAAUGAAAUAAACUCAAACGAAACCCAACCUUCAGAGCAUAAUUAAAUAAAUUGCACUAUACAUUAAUGAAUGAUUUUCUUAAUUUUGUAAUAAAAAUGAUCUUUUAUUUUUGCCUAUCGAAGGAAACAAUAGCAAGUAAGGCGUUACUAAGAUUUUUAAAUAAGUGAAAUUUUUGAUACUAAUUAGGUAUAAUAGGAUUAAAUAAUUUUGUAACUCGCAAUGGAAAUGAAUUCCCAUAGAAGUAUGUAUGUGACAAAAAAUCGCACAUUUAUCAACAAUCACAAUCUAUUUGAAUAAAUAUUUUUUUAAGUAAAACAAUUCUUAAUAAAUGUUCUGUUCAAAACAAAAUAGAUGUACAUAUUUUAUUAAAAAACCAAUUAUAUAACGUAGAAUGUGGAAACUGAACUUUUUAUGUAAAAAUAUUAAAAUGAUAAUGUAUGAAUGAAAAUUACUCAUUGAUAAAAAAAAAUCUCGAACAAAAACACUACCAUUGAUGUAACGAAAUAAUUUUUUAUAAACUUUUUGUAGUUUGAUGUUCGAUACUUAGAUUAAAAGUAAAGAUAAAAAUCUAAUAUUAAUAUAAGUGUCAUGCUGCCGGCAUGAUGUACUGGCUAAGUGCUUGAUUUUACUAUUGAAACGAAAAAUUCUGAAAAGCAAUAGUAACCGAAACGUUAGCUUUAUUAGAUGUACUCCAUGGAUAGCCUCGUUAUUAUAGACAUAGAUUGUUAUCGUGAUUUUAUACUUAUCAUAAAAUUAAGGGUACAGAAAGAAUCAUUUGUUACAGUAUCAUAGUGAAUGAACAAAGAUUUUACAGUCCUAGGCUCACGACAAUAAACCAUGUUAUAUUAAAAAUUAAUCUCAUCUGUGGAUGUAGUGUUAUUGUGAUAUUUUUAAUUUUGAAUUUUUGUUUGUCUAAGAAACUUCCGAAUCCUUAAUUUUAAGAAGAGUAUAGUAAUCAGAAGUCUACACAUUAGAGUAUAUGAUUUUAAAUGUUAAUAAUAGGAUCAAUUUUUUUAAAUACUUAUCGUUCCCUAUUUAAGGCACUUAGUUUUUAUUCUAAUAUGUUUGGAUAUGUGCAUUAUUUAAUAUUAAGUAGAUAUCAUUCUGUUUAAUCAAUGCUAAGAUUUUCUAUACUUGAUUUGUUCAUAU